GGUCGUCCAGCCACCCCACGGGGUGGCGCCUUGCUGAGCUGGUCCUCCUCGCAGGUGGGGCAGGAGCCCCCCAGUGCCCUGAGCCCCGGCCCCUGGAGGAGCCAUGACCGAGUACAAGCUUGUAGUGGUGGGCGCAGGAGGUGUGGGGAAGAGCGCCCUGACCAUCCAGCUGAUCCAGAACCACUUUGUGGACGAGUAUGAUCCCACCAUAGAGGACUCAUACCGGAAGCAGGUGGUCAUCGAUGGGGAGACGUGCCUGCUGGACAUCUUGGACACAGCGGGCCAGGAGGAGUAUAGUGCCAUGCGGGACCAGUACAUGCGCACUGGGGAGGGCUUCCUCUGUGUAUUCGCCAUCAAUAACACCAAGUCUUUUGAGGACAUUCAUCAAUACAGGGAGCAGAUCAAGCGGGUAAAGGACUCAGAUGAUGUGCCCAUGGUGCUGGUGGGGAAUAAGUGUGACCUGGCUGCACGCACUGUGGAAUCUCGACAGGCCCAAGACCUUGCCCGCAGUUAUGGCAUUCCCUACAUUGAGACAUCAGCCAAGACCCGGCAGGGUGUAGAAGAUGCCUUCUAUACGCUGGUGCGUGAGAUUCGGCAGCACAAACUGCGGAAGCUGAACCCACCAGAUGAGAGUGGGCCCGGCUGUAUGAGCUGCAAGUGUGUGCUGUCCUGAUCCAGUUCCUGUUUCUCCUUUGUUCUGGAAACAAGUAUGAGAUGUGUCCCCAAGGCUCUGUUUGAAUGAAGAAAGAAGAAGACGCACAGUGCAGUUCACUGAGGCCUGACUCAUGGACAGGCAUGUGCCUGGGCUGGGCAGCAGCGAGAAGAGCAACCUCAGCUUGGGAUCAAAGGAGGAGAGAUGUGUAUAUACAUGUGGUUUGUGAGGACACAAAUGACCCCAUCCAAGCAGAAUGCACCCAGUCUGUCUCAAGCUAAUAUCAAAGCCAGGCACAUUCCUGGGAUCAGUGCUCAGUUGUGAGGCCAAAUGCUGCUCUGAUGGUUGUGCUGUUUAGGGUUUCUUGGGAAACUGGACCAGGGUCAUUCAGGGGCAGUCACAACAGUUAUGACCCAACAUGGUAGUGGUCAUGCUGGGCUGAGUCACCACACCUUUUUCUGCCUUCAACUUGUGUUAUAUGAACUGUUUUUUGUGUUCUAUU